UCACGACUGAAAACCCACUGCAACACACCCUCUCUCGUCCUUUUCGCUCCGAUCUCAGAUGGAGCGUCGCCCAAUCGCGCUUCUCAUACUACUCGCUCUACUCCCUUUCUACACAUGGAUCGGCGGUGGCGCCGCCGCUGUCCCUCCGUCCCCAUCGCCGAAAGCCUCCCCCGCGCCUUCCCCCCCGGCGUCGAAUGCGUCCCCCCGUCCUCCCUCCGCCGCUCAAGGCUCCACCCUCGACCCCCGGCAGCUCACGGCGCUCCAGUCCAUGGGAUUCCCCACAGCCACCGACCCCUGCGCCGACCCCUCCCCCCAUGGCAACGCCACCGCCUGCGACGACGAUACCCCCUUCCGCCACCUCGUCUCCCUCCGCCUCGCCAACUGCUCCCCGGACCUCGACAUUCCCACCACCGCCCUCCGCGCCCUCUCGACGCUCCGCUCCCUCGCCUUCCUCCGCUGCCCCAUCCCCGUUCCCAGGCAUCUCCCCGGACCCCUCACCGCCUCCCUCCGUUCCUUCUCUUGCGACGCCUCCCUCCGCCACCUCACCGGCGUCUGGCUCUCCCGCUUUCAGAACCUAACUGACCUCUCCGUCGUCGGCGUCCCCGUCUCCGCCAGCGGCCCAGCUGUCAUCCUCUCCCAGAUGCACCACCUCCGCUCUGCCACCAUCUCCGCCACCAACCUCUCUGGCGUCGUUCCCCACCACUGGAACGCCCUCGGCCUCGUCCACCUCAACCUCUCCUCCAACCUCCUCAAAGGCCGCAUCCCGAGCUCCAUCUCCGUGCUCGGCUUGAUCCAGACCCUCGAUCUCAGCUCCAAUGCCCUCACCGGAUCCCUCCCCGACACCAUCGGCGACCUCGCCGCCCUCAAAAACGCAUCUUUCGCUCGCAAUUCGCUCUCCGGCCCAGUCCCCGACUCGAUAUCGCAGCUUUCAGCACUCGUCCACCUCGAUCUGAGCUCGAAUCAGUUCAACGGAAGCAUCCCAAAGUUCCUAGCCGAGAUGAAAGGGCUAAAGCUCCUAAACUUGGAGAAGAACAACUUCCAGGGAGUGUUCCCCUUCAACGCGUCCUUCCUACGACGGUUUGAGGUCUUCAAGGUGGGCGGCAACAACAACCUCUGCUACAACCACACUCAGCUUUCUUCCAGUCUCAAGCUCGGGAUCGCUCCCUGCGACAAGUACGGGCUGCCAGUGUCGCCACCCGCGGACCGCUCCACUCGGGCGGACUCGUCGGAUUACUCCGACGACAGCAGCGACGAAGGGAGUAGAGACAGAGGGAGCAACGGCGGGAGUCACCACGGGCCGAGUAAGCUGGUGCUUGGGGUGGCCAUUGGGCUGUCCUGCUUUGUUUUCUUGGUCAUCUUCCUUGUUUGCUUCUCCAAGGUUUGUAGCUGACGCACCUCGAAAGCGAACUAGUUUGAAUCCAAGAGCAAAAAAAAUUCUUUUUUUUUCCUCUAUUUAUUUCUCAGCAACUCUUCAGUCUCAUCUCAUUCACGAUCACUGUAGCACCAUUCUCCCGAAUAAAAAAGAGAUUUUGUAGGUCGUAGUUUCCCCAGGAUUUGUCGCUGAAGCACCUGAAAUCAAACAAGUCUAUGAGCAAAAAUUCUUUACUACUACUACUACUAUUCAAUCUCAUCUCGCAUAUGAAGAAAUCAUUGUAGAACUAUUCUCCUGAGUCAGCACUGAGCUCAUGUUACCAAGGUGAAACACAAUUCUAUUCUCUCUUUCUCAGCUGUUUCCGGUUUGCGGAUAAAUUAAUACUGGUAGCUGAUGAAAUGUUGGUAAAGUAAUGGUAUGAAUGGAGGUAAUGAGAGGACAGUCCUUUGUUGACUCUUGAUUUUUUGCUUGGAUUUACAGGCAAAAGGUGGCAUCUUUUUAGCUGGACUUGUCCUUCUAAGUUGUUUAUCUUAAAUGACAGUGCCCUUGCCUUCCUGUCAUUUCCAUGCUCGAUGAUGUUUGCUUCUUUACUACACAGGUCACAAUUAGGUGAUAGUGCUAUCAGUAUCUAACCACCUGAAUGAUGGUGCUCUGCCUUCCAAACGAAGGUAUCAUUGAUGAGCGUACAAUGAAGAUGGCUUCUUGUUAUCGAGGGGCUCCAGUGCAGUGUUAUUUGUUGCAGAGAGGACAGAUUCAGAUUCCCGGAAUCUCGUGAGUGAGCUUGGUUGGAUUUGUCCGCUUUGAUCACCUCCGGAUCAGCUUGGUUUUAGGAAUGAAGCUUCUGCACAAUGAGUGGACCCAACUUUUGAGGAAGGAAGACAAAAGGAGAACAAAAGAAAAAGAUGAAUUCAGGAAAAAUUUAUAUACGAAAUCCGACAUUCUGACAAUAUUUCCCCUUUGUUUACACUCUUCUAAUAGCAUGAGAAAAUAUGGAGAGUUGCCCCUCUAUGUGCUUGGAUCAUACUGUAACCAAUAAGAUUGAUCUAUCUAGCACUAAUCGUCUCUUAGGUUAA